CAACACUACCAUCACUCUUUCUUUCACACGCAUCAACCACUUUGACCAUCUUAUGAUUGACCUCCACUUUCCAGUUUAUGGUGCUGCCUGCCAUGGGGCAUAAUACUUGAGGAUACGUGGCCACUUUGGCCAUCAUCCAUAAACACUACACCAUCACAUCUACGUAGUGGCAUCUCCUCCACACGUCUCCUCGAUCACACCAAGCCCGCCGCAACCAUGACUGCAAUGGACGAUAUCGUUGACCCCACGAUGCUGGACGUCUCUGGCUACGGCGAGUCCUAUCCUUCUCCUGCCACUACUGCCGACGAUAUCAAGGAGUCCAGUCAGCCACCUUCAGAGCAAUCCUCCAAGAAGAAGCGGAAGGCAUGGGGUCAACCUGUUCCUGAAAUCAAACAGAUUCUUCCGCCGCGUAAGCGAGCAAAGACAGCAGAAGAGAAGGAACAGAGAAAGAACGAGAGAAUUCUACGGAACAGAAGAGCUGCCGACAAGUCGCGACAACGUCAAAAGGCAGCCGUCGCCGAACUCGAGGCUAGGCAAAAUCGGAUCGUAGAAGAGAACGCUUCUCUGCGUGAACUCUUAGCUCGAUAUCAGUCAAGAUUCGGUGUCCAACAAGACUUCCCAGCACCAGUUCCCGCAGCUGAUUCAUCCAUGUUGGAAUUCGACAUAGCCUCUACGCCGAUCGAACUCAAGUCUGAUUCACCAUUCACACCCUCCUCGUAUGAAACUCCCCAACCUCAACAUCCCACACUGGUUCCAUCCGACAAUACCACUCCUGUCAAACACGAAUCUCCAGUCCUAGCACCUCAACUCAACAUCAUCAACCAACACGUCGAAGCUGAACAGUCUGAUACCAUGGCGACGUACCAAAGCUUCCCAGCCGUCUCCGGGUUGACACAAUAUCCUGCCGUGAUAUUGUGUGACCUGCAGUGUCAACCGGAGACCUGGGCUUUCAAGCUGCCGGCGUUCCCAUGCAACCAGACCAACAACUUUGGACUCAGUUACCUCCUGCAAGUCUUCCAGACCUUGACGAUAUUUCAGACCUUCUCAACGACAACUCUCUUGCCGAUCUACAAUCUCUUCCAGAUUUUGGCACAGAAAUUGUCGGCGACCUCGACGGAACAGGAUUUCUCCUCCAUCCUGAACAAUUUCCCACUAAUUCAUUCUUUGAUUUCGAUGCCUUCGACACCGACCAGACCAGCGGUCUUCCGCAUGAAACUUCUGAGCCGACUACUUGCAUGCAGCCCACACAUGGCGCGCCUAUUGCUGGCAGCGACAGACCGGGCUUUGCAGCAAGUGGUUAGUGAGGACGGUUUCGCCGAAGACCCUGAUCGUCGGUGGACGUGGUCGAGUCUGAUGACUAUUAAGUGGACCAUCUUGAGGUUAGAAAAAGAACAUCGCAAGAUACGACGAAGGGUCUGGGCGAACCGUGAUGAAGCACUUUCAGGUGUCAAGGUCAUGGCGGGAGUUGAUUAUCGAGCAGUAGCCAGGAAUUCACAGCUUUGGCAAGGGAUGAGUCCCAAUUGUACUAUUACCACGAGAGAUGACGGUUAUUGGAUGCCUGCACAGGAGGUCCAUUGAAAGUCCAAUGUGGCUUUCCUUUCUUCCAUAGAUGAAUCAGAUCAAAAGCGUGUUUUCAAAGUCAUA